AUGAAUAAAUUUAACCAUUAUUUUCAUGAUAAACAAUAUACUUUUGCUUUGACUUCACCUCAAGCUUCGCUUUAUGAAAUAAUCUCAACAUUAAAUAUCGAUAAUGAAUACUUUAUUUACAAUAAUCAAAACACUCAUAUUUCAACUUCAUCACAAGUAACUGUUGCUUCUGCAUUAAUUUUAUCACAA